UGUUGUUUUAAACUAAUUUUCAACUUCCCAAAUUAAAUUUCCAUUUCAGUUUACGUUUUAGGUUGCCGUUUUUCUUGGUCCGGUAACUGCCAUACCGAUUCUGCUCUUUAGUGGAUUUUUCGUCAGCUUUAGUACCAUUCCGUGGUAUCUGAAAUGGUGUUCGUACGCCUCGUACGUGCGCUACUCCUUCGAAGGCUGUUUGCACAGUGUCUACGGUUUCAAUCGCUCCGAACUUGAGUGCGAAAAAGUAAAUUUUACCCUCUGUGUUUAUAGAGACCCCAGACUCUUUCUGGAAGCGAUGGACAUCGACGAUGGGGAAUACUGGAUCGACUCGACAGUGCUCCUAGGUUUCUGUGUUGGAUUCCGUAUCAUUAGCUAUUUGGUGCUGUGGCUCAAGCUCAAAAACCGAUAA